AAUUCCGAACUCCCGCAGGCACAGAAAGCGAAAAAUGGCUUCUCUUCCUCUGCUUCGUCUCUCCCUUCAUCCCUCUCCUCAAACCCUAAAGAAACCCUAUUUCUCAUGUCCCUCACUAGCCAUCAGAUUCCCACAUUCCCUUCGAUCAACAAUCAAGAUUUCUCCCCGCAGUGUCAAACUACCGUCGAAGAUUGUUUGCAUGUCCUAUCGGACGGUUCCAGCCACCGAGAGGUUAAUCUCAGUCGUCGCUUACUUUCUCCCGUUCUUCAACGGUUUACAGUACGGACGUUACCUCUUCGCAAGGUACCCUAACCUAGGGCUUCUUCUGGAACCGAUCUUGCCUUUGUUGAGCUUCUACAAAUCGAUCCCUUACGGGAGCUUUGUGGCAUUCUUUGCUCUGUACCUGGGGGUCGUGAGAAACCCUAGGUUUAGCAGUUACGUAAGGUUCAAUUCGAUGCAGGCAGUCGUGUUGGAUGUGCUUUUGGUGCUUCCUUUGCUGGUCCAAAGAAUCAUUAAUCCGGGUAAAGGACUAGGGUUUCGAUUUCUGGUAAUGGGUUAUAAUGCGAUCUUUCUGUUCAUUGUGGCUUGCUUCUUGUAUAGCAUAGGUUUUUGUAUUCUGGGUAGGACUCCUUACUUGCCCUUUGUUGCUGAAGCUGCAGAAAGGCAGCUUUGAGAUU